AUGUCUAAUUCAUCUCUUCGUUCGGAUUGUUCGUCUUCUUCUGCCGAAAGCCUAUCACUUCCACCACUUGGUCCAGUGGCUCAAAAGAAACCGAUUCAGUACAUUGGGGGUUCCGUCAAAGUCGACAAAGAGAAGGUUGCUGAAUGGACGAACAAAAUUGGAAGACUGUUCGGAACUUACGAGUUGAGACAGAAUGUAACUCAUCUCCAUAUGCAAUUGAUUCCAGCGAUUCAUACAUUGAACAAGGCAUCGAAGUUCGCAAGUGAGAAGUUGAAGAAGGAGAUGAAGCAACUCGUCGAACAAUACAUCGUUUUGGCUGUGGCGUGUGAGCAAAUUUUGGAAAAAAUGGAAAAGAAGGAUGAGCAUUACAAUAUUGAAGAUGUUCCAGAUGGUUCGAUUCUUCUGUAUCGAAAUUUAGUUAAUUUUUUUUUCAAAUUUCAGCCAUUAUUCCGAAGUCGUGACGUUCGAGACAAGGAUGAGCAAUUGAGGGAUUUAUGUGUUCCGACUUGUCAUUAA